AUGCCUGUAUUCACCGAAUACUCUGCGGCGUCGCGAGAACUGCGUGUGCUUCCCUCGUUUGCCCCUCCAUUGCCCCGCCUCUCGUCACCAUUCACUCGUGACGACCAAGCAGAAAAAUAUGAAGUGGUCAUUGUUGGCGCUGGUCCAGCAGGACUCAUGCUGAACUUGCUCCUGGCACGAUACGGACUCAGCGACGACUCGUUGCUCUGUGUUGAUGCGAAGCCCGGAACUCUCAAAUCAGGCCAAGCCGACGGUCUACAACCUCGCACGCUGGAAGUGUUGAAGUCCCUCGGAGUCGCAGACGAGAUUCUUAAUGACGGAUGCCACAUGGAAGAGGUUGCAUUCUGGAACCCUUCCGCGAACAAAGAAGAGAUAAUCGAAAGAACAUCGAUAGUCCCCGACGUCGCUGUUCCGGCGCGGUACCAGCAUGAAGUAACUAUUCACCAAGGUCGAAUUGAACGGAUCCUAGAGACGGAUCUACUGCGGUAUUCGAAGCGUGGUGUCCAGCGUAAUACUAAACUUCUUGAUGCCAGGAUCGAUGAAGCUGGAGAUCCUGAAUUCCCUGUUAUUGCUGAUCUAGAAACGGAUGGACAGCGCAGAACCGUGCGCGCGAAGCACCUGGUUGGUGCUGAUGGAGCGCAUUCAAUGGUUCGCCGUUGCAUGGGGUUGCAACUGGUGGGUGAGUCAUUAGACCACAUCUGGGGUGUGGUUGAUUUGGUCGUGGAUACGGAUUUCCCGGACAUCAGGAGACGGUGUGCCAUUCAUUCACCAGCGGGCUCAGUGAUGGUCAUCCCGCGUGAGCGCAUUGCUACUGGUGACUAUUUGACUCGUCUUUAUGUCCAGGUGCCGGAGGAAGCUAUGCCGGACCAGGACCAGGUUCCUGUCAAUGGGACCACCACUCCAAAGGCUGAUGCUCGGGCUCGGAGAAGCAAGGUUACGUUAGAAAGCAUUUUCCAAUAUGCAGAGGAUGCGUUCAAGCCAUUCUAUAUUCGACCGAAAGAGAAUGGGGCCGUAGACUGGUGGGCCGCGUACCAGAUCGGCCAGCGCGUAUCGGAUAACUUUACAGUCAAGGACUCCAAGGGAGUUAACCGGGUGUUCAUUGUAGGGGACGGUAAGGCACAAGGAUACCCAUGA